UUUUUUUUAAAUCUCUUUUACAGCUAAUGCGUCGAUGCUUAUCAGAGUACCGGUAGAAUUGCGAAUAUGUCGCGAAUAUCGGACAGAAUUUCCGGUAUUCUGAAGCUAGCCGAUAGCUCGAAAGUGACUGAUAGAAAGAAAUUCGUAUCUGAACUAGAGGAUUUAUAUAAAAAUGACGACACUCUUAUAGAGAUAUGCCAGAAUACCGAGAGCAAAGCUUCAGGAAAGGCCAACUGGUACUGUAUUAUAUCCACAGUUCACAAAAUAAUUACUGAUGAAGCAGAAAAGCCUAGUAAAGAGACAAAUGCUAAGAGCAGUGAAAGGCAAUCUAACUGUGGUUUGAUGAAGGACACAAUUCGCCGAGCCAGCGAAAAGUCAGCUGACUUUUUGAAAAGCAGUGAUAUAGUCUCUCGAAUAUUGCAAAUAUUAGAUUCUAAGGUCUAUGUGCAUUAUCAGGAUACUUAUCUAGGGAUAUUAGUAAAAUACAUAUUGUCCAAAAAUAUAUAUCACAGGAAUAUUAUACCAGAGCAAUGGAGGGAACUAUUGAAAGUUUGCAUCAAGCUGUACAAAAAGGCACAUCUCCAAAGUCACAUUGUGUUAGACGCGUUGCAGAUGAUUGUUGAUUAUUCUUUCUUACAUACGAAUUUAUUUUUUUACGUGAAAAAUUUGUUAUUGUUUCUGGAAAAUGACGUUUUAAAAGAUGUAAAAGCAAACAAUGAACAGUUGACGGAGUCUUUUUACAAAUUGAGUAGCAGUGUAUGCAGGCAAAUCAUUACAGAAUCCAGAAUCGCGCUCUGCAAAUUUAGUGAGAGCACAUUGAUGAAUAUCUUAAGUUUGAACGGCUCUGAGGAAAAGUAUAGGCUGCUGUUGAUCUUCCUACAGAUUCAUCAUCCAGAGGGUAUCUCGAGGCAUGAUGAUGGCGCUUUUGCAUUUGAUUGGAACGAAUGGAAGAAAUUGCUACGUAACAUGUAUCUGCUUGUUCAGGAGAAUUGCAAAUUGGACGUGCAGUGGCGCAGUUUCAUCCAAUUUGCUAGUGAAGUCAUAAAACAGAUAAUAGACGACUCAGUAAAUUUCACUAGCUCUCUUGAGGGCCCUUAUUCUCAAUCAACCAAACGCAGACGAAUAACGAACAGAAUUGAAAUUGAAAAUAUCGUUGAUCUGGUAACGAACAGCAGCCCCGAGGAAGUGUGGUCAUUAUUAAGAAUUCUGACAGAAACACUAAGGAAGUAUCCACAGUGUUUGAGGUCGCAAGAUCUCGCGCCCUUGCUGCAAUAUUUAACGGAACUUGCUGUGUCUCGAGAUGAGUCUGUCAUGAACAAUUUAUACAAUCUAGCUGCUGUUCUCAUGGAAAUUGAGAUAUCUAAUGGAGAGGAAAUACAAGACGCCACAAUUCACUGGAACAAGAUCUGGGAUAUGCUACUUAGAUCUCUAGGAGUGAACCAAAACGAGGAAUCGGGCCAUUCAUUGAUUCGCUGUUUCGUAAGAUACAAUAGACUGCCAAACGCAAACGCUCUCCUCAGAUUGUACCUGACCAAGGCGAUUCGCUGGUCGCCGAAUAGCGUACAUACACUGCGACGGCUGUGCGAGCGUGUCUCUCUACCGGUGGACGCGACCACAUCGGUGCUGGAUUUGUCGCCCUCAAUGAUGAUGGCGCCAAUCUGUGAUAGGACGCGGCUUCUAGAGUGGCUGCUGAACAUUCCAGACCAUACAUGGCAGAAACUGGCAACGCGAUUGUCCAUCGAGACUGUCGAGGACAUCUGCGCAUUGUCAGUAAACCUCGUUCUGAAAUCUCGUUACAAACAAAAUAUUAAGACUGAGCAGAAAUCCUUGCAGAACCACGAGAAAGCGCGCGUGAUCGCUUUUGUGCCUCAUCAAGACAUCCAUUCAACAGAGCUUCCGCAACUCUGUCAUGCGUCCUUGACAUUCAAGAUAGCGUUGUCAGUGAAUUCGCAGAGCAAGCUUGUCGAACAAGAUUCCGGGAUGAUGCCCGACACUGGAAAUCCUGUCUCCUACAUACAGGAAGUAUUUAACUUCCUGAUGAAGCAAAUGCAUAAGAUUAUUCAAGAGGAUGGAUCCAAUGACGAGAAUAGAAAUGUACGUGAAAUCUAUGUUGUACUGAUGAAGCUGACGUUCCUGGCAAGAUUAUUAUCUAUUCUGAAGCAACAGAAUAUUUUCACGACGGAGGAUAUUGAUGGCUACUGCCCACUGAUCGAUGCAAUGGAGAAACAAUUGAAUGACAGCUACAAAGUUCUGACGAAAAUUGACUGGAAUAGGUGCAAAAAUAUGUUCCUACUGAACGUAACCAGAGCAUUGAGGAUAUUUUAUGGAGCAACCUACGAUACGGAAAUUGCUAAAAUAAUUGUCUCUGCAUCUACAAUGGACAUGAUAAAAAACAUAUUCGAGCUAUUGAAUCAAAACGACAAUUAUAAUUACGAUUGUAAUGAAGAUUCUAACACUUAUCAGGGAAGACGCAAGCGGAACGCUAGCAUGUAUCUGGAGACAUCAGACCCAAAGCCAAGCCAUCCGCGCGAGGGCGUGAUUCGUCUGCAGACCAUAGAGGCCUUAUCAUCCUUCUGCGCUUUACACAUCGACGCAAAUCACAGCAAGUCCACGUUGCAGAAAAAGAUGAUGCAUAACUUGCUGACUAUGCAACAGGACUUCACGAGCUACGUGGAUUCCAGCAUGUCACUGCUGAUCCUCGAAUCGCUCAUUGCACGCGACCAUGACGAGAUCCAGCGCGAGUGCGCGGAUACACCGUUGGAAUUUCUGCUGGAAGUAUGCCAGAAAGGUUGCAAAGAUGAGGAAUCGUUGCGACGGCUAUUAAAUCUGCUACCAUACUUCUUCGAGUACGCGAUUAAAUAUGGUUAUUCGCCCAAAACGUUCCUCCACGCGCUCGAACAGCUUCAUAAGCGCAUUUGUAAUCGAAACUGUAGCGUUCUCGUGCAUACGAGCUAUAUGAAGUGCGUAUGCAAUUUCGUACGGAUUGAUCCGAAUUUCUCCUGGAGUAGCGUUUACAUUUCCGAUGAUGACGACGUUUUGACGCUACUGGACAGCAUCCUCGGUUACAUUGGUGAUACACUCUUUGUGCUUCGGUCACAAGCAGUGCAAUGUCUGCAAGAGAUCCUAUCCUUCAGAAAUGUCGCUCAUAAAUGGAAGGAACGCAUCUUUGUGAAGGUGGAGGAAACAGUGUUCGAGCUGCUCGAUGAGGCGGAGCAGUCGAAUUCCAACUUGCAGAACAACAGUUUGAGAGAAAGUCAAUUGCAAGAUGAGAAGGAGACCAGAACAGUCACCGCAUUAAUCGCGCUGGCCUCCGUGGCAUGCGCCAGUGGAGUCCUUCAGGGUCGCGCCCUGUGUGCGAUGUUGCGACUAACGACGGAAAAGCAAGUGAAUGUGCAGACGGUGCGGAAGGUUCUCUUAGCGGCGGCGCAUCACACGACGACAUACGUGUCGCUCAUAGAAGAUAACUUGAAUUAUCUGCUGACUUCUUGGAUCGAAGACGCGCAUUGUCAAUUGCAGAAUUUUCCAUGGAUGCUUAUGAGAUGCGAGACUAUCGACGAAUUCUUUAGAAAAAACAUCAACUGCAUUGUCCCGGUUCUACUGCGCACUUCGGACAUCGAAGAGACCGUGUCCUUUUGCGUGAAUACCGAUGUGGACUUCAAUAAAGUCUUCGAGGAUGUCUUCCCAUCCUGCUUCGUGUGGCUGAUAUCGCGUGCAGUUGUAUUCGAUACUGACACAAUGCGCAAGUUGAUAAAUAACACGGACGAGUUCGCAAACACGAAAAAAUUCAGUCAGCUAUUCCGUUCUCGCUUACAGGACAUUCUUGUAGAACUAAUACGGCGGCUACACGAUGAAGAUGAUUUCAAGAAGAUUCUCUCGAUCUCAUUUACGUACUUCCCGGCGACGGAUCCACCGCAUUUCUCACGAGCUGUGCUGGAUCUGUGCUUUGAUUAUCUAGAAUCGAGUUAUUCCCUGAACACACAUAUGCUGGUAGAACAACAACCGGCGACGCUGCAAAAGACACUGUUGCGGCUCGCAAGCGCCGUACAUUUGUCGCGCUCCCGCGAGGGUAAGCUCAAGCGACUGCAUCAGUACGCGUACUUCUGCUUGCGGCUAACGCACGACCUCUCGAAGUCCGUUUUCAAUGAAAUGGCCGCGUUCCUGAUCCGGGAUGUGUGCUACAGCUUGUUGCAUCUCACCAGGAAUGGCGGUGAUGGCGACGAGACGCUCGUCGCGGCAUGCUGUAAGUUCCUGGACCUGUUCCUGAGACAAGCGCUACCCGCGAGAGCCACGGAGGUCCAAGACGUUCUCCGGUUUAUCGUGGCAAAUCUGAUCGGCCUGGCGCAAUCGAAAAAUAGCAGCAUCAGCGAGAUGGCUGCGAGUCUACUUAAAUUCCUCGUGGUGGAGCAAAGAAACGUACUACGAGAGGCCAUCGCAAAACUCGGCUCGUUUCCGAAUCACGAGAUCUUUCAGGAUGUAAGAGAAACUCAUAACACCAUCAGAUUGGACGAUGGAUCUGCGCUGUGCCUUGAAGACGAGCUGGAACGUUUCCUGGACGCCAUGGGUGAGGAAAACGUCGAGUGCACGCUGGAAGAUCUUGCGAAUUUUACGCAGCAGUUAUCGACGAAGAAAAGUGAGUUGCGAAAACUACACCAAAAGUUGCAGAGUCCGUAUCCUGAGGAUGGUGCUAACAUCCUGCAUCGGUUGAUAUUCAAACUCAUUAGACUAACAGAAUCGCCUAAUCCACGCGUGUCGAUGGAGGCCACGAAAUGUCUUGGCGAACUAGGUCCGAUGGACUCCACAAUGGCUCUGCAACCGGCUGGAAGUUUCGUCCGAGAAGCGGACUAUGUGAUAGAGGCUCUGACCUAUCGAUCAGUUGCGAUGUUGACGAGUUUUCUCGUGGAAAAUUCAGUGGAACUUCGCAAGGUGAGCGCUGAAGCCCUUUAUGCGGUGCUGUCGACCUCCAACGGUCGGAAACUAUUUGACCCCAAAUACUCAACAGACUUGUCGAACAUCCUUGAGUGCACAUCUCUGAAGAUUGAUUAUAUCCGACCAUUUGCUCGCGGCCGUUGCAUCAGGCAGACGUCCUUCAGUAUAGACACUGCAAAAUUUCGCGUUGUCAUGAAUCCAGAAAAUGAGCUGUGGAUAAUCCAGAACAACGAGAAUUACGCCGAAUGGAUCAUUAAAGUCACCUGCAGCGUCGCCGAAUGCUUCAUAGACUCCUACUUGGAAAACUUCCUGUCGAUUUGUCGACUCAGCGUUGAAUUCUGCGAAUUGAUUUUGCCAAGAAUCGUUUACCUCGUCAUCCAUGAGAACGAUAGAUUUAUCGAUACCAUGUGUGAUUGCGUUAAUCAAUUUUUUAGGCAACACUUUGCAAUCAAUGAGGCGGAUACUACCGCAUCGCCGAUGUCGAAAGGCGAUAAUAGUUGCGACCAGAAGAUCGUACGCCGCAUGUUGGACAUGGUGAACCACAUACGCGCUCAGCUACCGGAUGGCGCGACGUUAAGACUCGAUUACGUCUACCUGGCCAGAGCGGCGCACAAGUGCUCCGCAUACUAUACAGCGUUGCUAUUCGCGCAACUCGCCUGCGGGUCAAUCUCGACGGACUAUCCGGAUUUCAGCAGUGACCCGAGGAUCAACUACAUCUAUGAGCGCCAGCCAGAAAUCGGCCGAGUGCUGCAAAACAUCAUGUUGGACACCUACUUGAACAUUAGCGAUCCAGACGCUGGGGCUUGGUUGUCGCACGUGCUUGAUCAUGAUUCUCGUGUGCAAUACUACGCCCGUACUAAUCGCUGGGACGAGGUCAUGCUCGCGCUGGAUAUCGAGUUGUCCCAUCACAAUGACUCGCUGUUGGCAAACGCCAGGAUGGAGAUGGCAAACGCGUUACACCGCUCGGGACUGCAAUUUCUCCAGUGGCAAUUUCUGAGCGGUAGCCUAGAUGAGAAAUUUAGUUAUGAGUGCGCCUGGAGACUCAGCAAGUGGGAUCUACCUGUCAACGACGCCACCGUCGCCAAUUAUAACGACUUCCAAUCUCAACAGUUACGAGUGGAGUUGCUGGAGAAUGCGUUCCAUGUUCACCAUUACCAUGCACUGAAAUGCUUUCAUGAGAACGACCGGCGAGGUAUAGAUCGGGCGAUUGAGUGCGGCCGCAUGAGCGUGAUACACGAGUUGCGAGUGAUCAGCCCUGAGAGUAGCAAGAUCGUCAAUCAAAAGCUAUCGCAACUGCGGAUGUUGCGUGAGAUCGAGCAACUGAGCUGGGCAGCUGAUUCUUCGGAAAAAAAGUAUCCGGAGAUUUUGCAACGCUGGAACGAACACAAGAUCAGUUUGAUCGGUCAGUUCGAUCACGUGGAGCCGAUUCUAUCGCAGCGUAUCACGAUGUUCCGUAUCCGUGAGUCUCUGCGGACGAAUGCAGACGUACAGAAAGCAUUUUUUGAUACUUGCCUGGACCUGGCAAAGGUCGCGGAGAGUCAGGGUAAUUUCUCAGUGGCCACCCGAGCGCUGAGACCUCUCGAGUUGCAUCAAAAUCUGUCGACGAAUCUGAAGAAUCAACUGCUCUAUCAAGAAUCACUCUUGACGUGGAUGAAAGGCGAGCAGGUAAUAGCGCGUCAUCUGUUACGGAGCCUAAUCGAGAAAAAGGAUCCAAAACCAAGUCUGAAGGCUAAGGCUCUACGAGUCUACGGUGAUUGGAUGGCGGAAACUAAGUCCGAAAAUCCUCAGGCAGUAAUACAAAAGUAUUAUUUAGUGUCCAUUGAGAUCAGCGAAGCUAUCGACAAGCAAACGUCCGAUGUUAUCGAAAAUUUACAUGAUACGCAGGCUGCACUGGCGCGCUUUGCUGAUGCACAGUACCAACAAAUCAGCACAUACAUGAAUUCGCCGACAUAUGAGGCACUGAAGGAAUACGCUUGUAGCAGUGCGGAUAAAGUGGACCACGCACAGAUGAUGAGCAAUCAGUACUUAAAGCGCGCCGUGAUAAUCAGUCAAAAACAAUCGACGAACGACGCGGCCGAGCUGAAGAACAUCGAACAGGAGAAGCGCAAUUAUCUUGCGCAAGCACUGAAAUACUAUUUAAGGACGCUACGCAGCAGCGAGAAGUACAAUCUGCUAAUCUUCCGGCUGGUGGCACUCUGGCUGGACAACAUGUACGACGAUGAGGUGAACGAGAAGCUGCUAGACGAGCUGGACACCAUACCCUCAUUCAAGUUCGUGCCGCUGGUGCCUCAGUUGGCCGCUCACAUAAGCAAUGAUAUCAGGCAACAGUAUGGCUUCUCCGCACGAAUCUUCCGGAUUCUCGAACGAUGCAUCCUGGAACAUCCAUAUCACACACUGCCUGUGGUUCUGGCACUGAAGAACUUGCACAGCGACGAUGAGUACGAAUCGGGUUCAACAGACGAAAUGGAAAACCUAUCGCGGGCAUUGUUGAGUCUUGCCUAUUGGCAACCCAAAGGCAAAUGCUGUCCCAAUAAACGCUAUGCGAUACCGCGAGAGCAGCCAAUAUCCAGGAUCAAGAACCUGAACAACGUUCUUUUACCAACUCUAAGUCUAUCUGUGAGACCGUCGGGCAAUUACGACGACGUAGUCGGUGUAAGAUCGUAUCAGGAUUCCUGUGAAUUCGUCGGUGGCGUGAAUGCGCCCAAAAAGAUUAUCUGCGUCGGCACUAAUGGCGUGCAACUCCGGCAAUUGGUCAAGGGGAAAGACGACCUACGGCAAGACGCAGUGAUGCAGCAAGUGUUCACCGUGAUGAACACCCUGCUGUGCAUGUGUAAGGAGACGCAACGGCGGAAUCUACGUAUCAGAACGUACAAAGUGGUACCGCUAACGCAGAGGUCGGGCGUGCUAGAGUGGUGCGACAACACGGUACCCAUCACAGUGACCUUGGUAGGCAGCUCGGACAAGCCAGGUAUGCACAAGAAAUAUUAUCCAUGCGGCCUGACUGCGGAAGCGGCAAGAGACAAAAUGAGGAACGUCGCGCAAGAAUCAAACGAGGUGAAAUUGAGAGUCUUUCUUGACUGCUGCAAACUUACGAAGCCGGCGUUCCAUCAUUUCUUCGAAGAGAAAUAUCGAUCACCUGAAACCUGGGUCGAGAGGACUCUUACAUACACGCGCAGCGUCGCCACCACGUCUAUCGCGGGUUACAUUUUGGGCCUCGGCGAUAGACAUCUGAGCAACAUCCUAAUAGACGAACACACCGCUGAAGUGGUGCACAUUGAUUUUGGUGUGGCUUUCGAACAGGGCAAGGUCCUUCCCAUUCCCGAGACAAUUCCUUUCAGGCUAACCAGGGACAUCGAAGUCGCCAUGGGUGCCUCCGGCAUCGAGGGUACUAUGAGGCGCAGUUGUGAAGUGACCAUGACAAUGUUGCGCGAUCAGAGGCAGAUUAUCAUCACUCUUCUUCAGGUUCUGCUAUACGAUCCACUCUUUACAUGGGCGAUCACGCCGGAGAAGGCCUGCAAGAUGCAGAGCGACGUCGUAAAGCGUUUCUCAGAAAACAGUGGACGAGCACCUGUCGAAACUAAUACAAUCGCCAAGAGAGCUCUUUUGAGGAUCGAACAGAAGCUGCAAGGCACCGAGGACGGUCUGGUGUCCAGUGUUCCUGGACAGGUCGAGAGACUCCUGCAGGAAGCACGAGAUCCUACGAAUUUAUGCCGAGUUUACUGUGGCUGGCAACCAUAUUUGUGAAUACCCGGUGAAUAAUCGUUCAUAGUGUUCAUCAGUAUUCAUAUCCAGUGGA